UCUUCAUAUAAUUAAUUAUAAAAUCGGUAAAGAGCGUUAAAAGUAACUAAUGUGAUGGAAUCGACAAACCAGUGCCACUGCUGCCUGCAGCGGCCUCCGGCGAAAGAUUUGUGUACACCGUACACUCGUCUCGGCGUAAAGGAAAUAUACUCGCUCAUGAUCGAAGAAUGCUUUGCAAUGAGUCUAACAUCAUGUGAUGAUGGCAAGAGUGGUAUCUGCGAGGUGUGUGUGGGGCGGCUGCGGGAGGCGUGCCUCUUCAAGACGCAGGUGCAGCACUGCCAGGCCGAGCUGCAGGAGCGGUUAGAGGGAACCCGGAAGGUCAAAGACGAGAAAGCCUUUGAUGAACUAUAUGCAGAUGGCGCGUACAGCAAGUCUCCCGAGCCUUCUUUAUGUUCAGACGAGGAGCCCCCGGGGCCGCCGUGUAAAGACGAGCCGCGAGACGAACAUCUGUUUCUGCCUUUAUCCGGCGAGUACUGUAGAGUUAGCAUUAGCACAGAGCCUCUAUCCUGGCGCGCCGUGCAGCAGCUUACGCUAGGGUGCUCCGUGAGGCUCGAGCGCCUCCGCGACUCGCCGCAUGCGAGCCUGCCGUGUCCCGUGACGUCACACCGCGGGCCGAGCCCCGCCAGCAGUGUGCAGGACGAGCCCGGGCACACCGCCGCCGAGGAACAAGCCUACACGUCGGAUGUAAAACCAUCAAUUAAAUCAGAGCCUAAUGAUGCCGUGGAAGAUCAGAAGCCGCUUGAUGCGUCAUCCGUAGAAGUUGAGGUUCCGCCGGCGCAGCCUGUCGCCCGCGCGAGGCAAGCCAAGCUCGAGCGUCGCCACGACGCGCCCGCGCAGGCGAGCCCCGUGACGUCACACGAACCGACGAGUGUGACGUUCCCUUAUGCCACCCGCCAACAAGCCCGCACACACCAACCUAGCUUACUCGGACAUAUAAAUAACCAGCACACACACACUAAUGCAAUGUAUUCAUGCAACAUCUGUUCACAAAAGUUCUCAAACAAAACUCUCUACAACCAACAUUUACACACUCACAUGGAACUAGAAACAUACAUUUGUGAUAUGUGUAAUAUGAAAUUCAGGUUGAAAUCAGUUUUAAAGAGACAUAUUUUUAAGUUACACAUGAAGACAAAUCACGUGUGCAAAGUUUGCAACAAAAUUUUUGACAAAAUGUACUUAGAGAAACAUCAAAGACUUCACACUGGUGAGAAACCAUACAAAUGUAAGGUGUGUGACAAGAAAUUUGCACUUGUUGAAUAUUUACGUUCCCACGAAAAAGUUCACACUGAUGAAAAACGAUACAAGUGUGAAGAAUGUAACAAACAAUUCAAAUAUAUAAGUGGGUAUAAAAGGCACAAAAAAAAUCACACCGGCGACAAAAGAUAUAGCUGUGAUCAAUGCGGCAAACGUUUUAUACAAAAUUUCACUUUAACUGAACACAAAAGAGUACACACUGGUGAGAAAUUAUAUAAGUGUGACGAAUGUGACCAAGUAUUUGGAUAUAUGAAAACUUUAAAAAAGCAUAAAAAAAUUCAUACUCGAGGUGAUAUUUACAGCUGCAACAUUUGCGACGAGAAAUUUCUACUAAAAGCACUUCUAGACAAACAUAAAUAUAAGCACAUCGGAGAAAAACCGUACGGCUGCGAAGAAUGUAACAAGAGAUUUAAGUUGAAAUGUGAAUUAGAGGUCCAUAAAAUAUCGCACAAUGGAGACAGACCAUACACAUGUGAGAAGUGUGGUAAGAAAUUUAAACGACAAGGUAAUUUAGAUCAACAUAAAAAAAAUCACGCAGAAAAAUCUCACAGUUGUAAUAAAUGCAACAAGCAAUUCACACACAAACAUCAGUUGGAUGCUCAUGAAAGAACCCACACUAAAGAAAAACCAUAUAUUUGUGAGAAGUGUGGCGCGCGAUUCGCGCAAAAUGAUAUUUUACAGAAACAUAUACAAAUUCAUUUUGAAAAGAAAGAAGUGACUGUGAGGAAAAUAAAGAAGCAAGUUAAAACAAUAGUAAAGUAA